AUGGGAGGUCAUUUGUCGCACUUGGAACGAGAAGAACACCCCGAGAAGUUGGACGCAUCGUGCGGACCCAUCAGAGGCAAUGUUUACACGCAUGUGAGUCGGUUUCCACUGAAACGUUAAUGAUUUCCCGGCUUCUAGGAUGAUAAAAUCGUCGACGGAUACCUGGGGAUUCCUUUUGCAAAGCCUCCGAUCGGAGAGUUGAGGUUCAAGAAACCGGUGCCGGCGGAGGUGUGGACUGAGACCAGGGACUGCACGAAAUACGGUCCGAGAUGUCCGCAAUCGGGAGGGUUCGCCGAAAUGAUUCAUUUCGAUCCGGACGACGGAGCCGACGAGGCACAAUGUCUGACGAUUAACGUCUUCGCGCCGAGGUGGAAGUCGGAGGAGUUUCCGAACGGAAGACCCGUCAUGAUCUACAUUCACGGCGGAGGAUUCGAAAUUUCCGCCUCCCGAGAGUAUUGUGAUUAUUCGAUUUCUGGGUGAGAUUUGAGAAGGCAUCAAUUCGAAGUUGUCAAUUGUAAACUUUCCAGAACGCUCCCACUGAAGGACGUCGUCAUGGUCACCCUGAACUAUCGUGUCGGAAUCCUCGGAUUCUUCACCACUGGCGACGAGCAUUGCCGUGGAAACUUUGGACUGUGGGACCAGACACUUGGGCUCAAGUGGGUGCAGAAGCACAUUGCGUCUUUUGGAGGCGAUCCCCAGAAUGUGACAGUCUUCGGACAAAGUGCCGGCGGAGUCAGUGUUGAUCUUCUGUCGCUGAGCCCACACUCGAGAGGUAAAAGAGAAGAGGAGCUCAUCGACGACAACUGAAAAUGAGCUGUGUUGUUUCAGAUCUAUUCCACAAAGUCGUUCCAAUGUCUGGCAACGCCCUGUGCGAGUUUGCAUGCCGAACCGCCAAAAACGAAGCGAAAGCGUGUCUCGCCUACCUCCGUCAUAUCGGCUAUUCGGGAAGCGGCGAGUCGCAAGAAGUGCUCAAGUGGCUCAGCAACAAGCCCAUUCACGAAAUGGCCAAAAUGAACGGGUUCGUCCUGCCGAUCAACGGUAUGUUCAUCUACGAACCCAACAUUGACGGCGAUUUCCUUCCCAAACCGCUGGACGAGCUGAGGAAAGAGGCUCCGAAGAAGGCGGUGAUGCUCGGCGUGACGGAGCACGAAGGCCUCUUUUUCUGGUUGACAAAAGAUGCGAGAGCGACGGACGAGGUGCUGAGGGACUCGAUUGCGGCGUUGUACAAAGAGGACACGGGCGAGCAUUACGAGGCGGUCAGGAAAAGCGUCUAUGAGUUCUACACGAAAGGAGUGGAUACAAGAGACGAGAAGCGUAUGAAGGAGCGCCUGAAUGAAGUGGGUUUUAAACAUUUAAAUUCAGGGUAAGAUCAAGUUUAUUCUUCUUCAGUUCUUCGGAGACGCUCUCUUCAAUGCGGGAGCCAUCGACACAGCACAAGCGAGUCUCAAGUACGGCAACGACGUCUGGUUCUACGUAUUCGACUACUGUAACCCGUCCGGAUUCGGAAGUCUCGCCGAGAUGAUGCCGUUCGUCGGUCCGACGCACUGUACGGAUCUUCGAUACGUGCUCGGGGAGGGGCUUUACAGCAGCUUCCAGCCAAACGAAGCGGACUGGAAAAUGAUCGACAAAAUGACGACGAUGUACACGAAUUUUGCAAAGUACGGAAAUCCGAACGAGAGAGGAUCGAGCGAGUGGGAACCGUACAGUCUGGAGACGCCGGAAAGACACUAUCGGAUUGGGUAUCCGCGCGGAGAGAUGCGCAACGAGUAUCAUAAGGGCCGGUGGGAGUUUCUCAAAAAGAUCAGGGCGGGCAACAAGGCUUUGCAGGCGGUUGUCUUUGGAAAAUAA